CCCCGCCCCGCGCUCUGGCAUUCUGCACCCGCCGAGCUGUGGGCGCCUCGGACACGCGCGUGUUACCCGACGAGGUGUCCGAGCGGGGCGGCGGGCGGCCGAGCGCUCCCAGGAAAUAAGGAACCAUGGUGCUCAACAGUUUGGAUAAGAUGGUCCAGCUCCAGAAAAACACCGCCAACAUCAGAAAUAUCUGUGUGUUGGCUCACGUUGACCACGGAAAAACUACUCUGGCUGACUGUCUCAUAUCUAGCAAUGGAAUCAUCUCCAGCCGCCUGGCAGGCAAGUUACGGUACAUGGACAGCAGAGAAGAUGAGCAGGUCCGGGGCAUCACCAUGAAAUCCAGUGCCAUUUCACUGCAUUAUGCAAAAGAUAAUGAGGAGUACUUGAUCAAUCUGAUAGACUCUCCAGGACAUGUGGACUUCUCCUCCGAAGUAUCGACGGCUGUUCGCCUUUGUGACGGGUGCAUCAUUGUGGUCGAUGCUGUGGAAGGAGUUUGUCCACAGACACAGGCAGUUCUGCGACAAGCUUGGCUCGAAAACAUCCGUCCAGUCUUAGUGAUUAACAAGAUAGAUCGCUUGAUAGUGGAACUGAAAUUCACCCCACAGGAGGCCUAUUCUCACCUCAAGAAUAUUUUAGAACAGAUCAAUGCGCUCACGGGAACUCUUUUCACUUCUAAAGUCCUGGAGGAGCGAGCAGAGAGAGCGAGCGAGUCCCAGGGCAACCCGCCCUCGGACUCGGGAGAGCAGGUGUACGACUGGAGCACAGGCCUGGAGGACACGGACGACUCGCACCUGUACUUCUCCCCCGACCAGGGCAGCGUGGUGUUCGCCAGUGCCAUAGACGGCUGGGGCUUCGGAAUUGAGCACUUUGCCAAAAUCUACAGUCAAAAAAUUGGUAUAAAAAAGGAAGUUCUUUUGAAAACAUUGUGGGGAGAUUAUUAUAUAAAUAUGAAGGCUAAGAAGAUUAUGAAGGUUGAUCAGGCAAAAGGAAAGAAACCAUUAUUUGUACAGUUAAUCCUGGAAAAUAUAUGGAGUUUGUAUGACGCUGUCUUGAAACGGGACAAAGAAAAAAUUGAUAAAAUAGUGACUUCCUUAGGAUUAAAAAUUGGAGCCCGCGAGGCACGACACUCAGACCCUAAAGUCCAGAUCAGUGCCAUCUGCAGCCAGUGGCUGCCCAUAUCCCACGCUGUUCUCGCUAUGGUGUGUCGGAAACUUCCUAGUCCCCUUGAUGUCACUCCGGAGAGAGUGGAGAGACUGAUGUGCGCGGGGUCGCAGGCGUUCGACUCUCUUCCACCAGAAACCCAGGCGCUGAAAGCAGCUUUUAUGAAAUGUGGAAGUGAAGAUACUGCUCCAGUUAUUAUCUUUGUUUCCAAAAUGUUUGCAGUUGAUGCAAAGGCUUUGCCUCAGAAUAGGCCAAGACCUCUCACUCAGGAAGAAAUCGCACAGAGGCGUGAGCGCGCGAGGCAGAGGCAUGCGGAGAAGCUCGCAGCAGCACAGGGCCAGGCACCUUCGGGGUUGCCCUCAGACGGAAGCACCCAGGACACGAGUCCAGAGGGAGAGGAGCCAAAAGGUGAGGAGCAGCAGGUGGAGAGCGGAACCCCUAAACCUGCACCACAGGAGGAAAACAGCCAGGAGGCUUUCAUUGCGUUUGCUCGGGUGUUCAGUGGCGUGGCUCGAAGAGGAAAGAAAAUUUUUGUCUUGGGGCCCAAAUACAGCCCUGUUGAGUUUUUGCAGCGGGUGCCAUUAGGCUUCUCAGCUCCCCUGGAUGACCUCCCCCCAGUCCCCCACAUGGCGUGCUGCACGCUGGACCACCUGUACCUCCUGAUGGGACGGGAGCUGCAAGAUCUCGAGGAGGUGCCACCAGGCAACGUGCUGGGCAUAGGGGGCCUUCAAGACUUCGUGCUGAAAUCCGCAACACUGUGCAGCCUGCCCUCCUGCCCACCCUUCAUACCGCUCACCUUUGAAGCCACCCCUAUUGUGAGGGUUGCCGUUGAGCCAAAACACCCAAGUGAAAUGCCUCAGCUCGUCAAAGGAAUGAAGCUGUUAAACCAAGCCGACCCCUGUGUGCAGAUUUUAAUUCAGGAAACGGGAGAGCACGUUUUGGUGACAGCAGGGGAAGUCCACCUUCAGCGCUGCUUAGACGACUUAACAGAAAGGUUUGCAAAGAUUCAAAUCAGUGUAUCUGAACCCAUUAUUCCAUUCAGAGAAACGAUCACAAAACCCCCCAAAGUGGACAUGGUCAAUGAAGAAAUAGGCAAACAACAGAAAGUUGCAGUCAUACACCAAACAAAAGAAGAUCAAAGCAAAAUCCCUGAGGGAAUCCAGGUGGACUCUGAUGGGCUAAUCACCAUGACAACUCCUAAUAAAUUAGCCACACUCAGUAUUCGGGCCAUGCCCCUUCCGGAAGAAGUCACUCGGAUUCUGGAAGAAAACAGUGAUUUGAUUCGUUCUAUGGAGCAGCUGACAUCGUCUUUGAAUGAGGGUAAGAAUGCUCAGGUGAUUGACCAGAAGACCCAAGAGAAAAUUUGGGAAUUCAAAGGAAAACUUGAGCAACACCUACCAGGGAGAAAAUGGAGGAACGCAGUUGACCAAAUCUGGUCAUUUGGCCCAAGAAAAUGUGGGCCCAACAUACUAGUAAAUAAAAGUGAACAUUUUCAGAACUCUGUGUGGACAGGCCCAGCUGGCAAAGCCUCCAGAGAAGCCAGUAAGUACCGAGACGUGGGCAACAGCCUUGUGAGCGGCUUCCAGCUGGCCGCCCUCGCUGGCCCCAUGUGCGAGGAGCCGCUAAUGGGCGUCUGUUUUGUUCUGGAAAAAUGGGACCUAAGUAAAUUUGAGGGACAAGGAGCAAGUGAGGAACAGGAUCAGGAUCUGAUGAAAGAGGGACAGGAGGAAGGCGCAGCCUGUCCUGGGGGAGAUGAGAGCCAAGAGCUGCAAGGUGGCCACACCGGGCCCUCGGAGAGGAGGACUUCCCAGAAAGGAGAGCCCUCCCUCCCUGACUGCUACGGACCCCUGUCGGGGCAGCUGAUCGCCACCAUGAAAGAAGCAUGUCGCUACGCACUGCAGGUGAAACCUCAGCGCCUGAUGGCGGCUAUGUACACGUGUGACAUCAUGGCGACGAGUGACGUUCUCGGUCGGGUCUAUGCGGUCUUGUCAAAGAGAGAAGGUCGGGUGCUGCAGGAAGAAAUGAAAGAAGGCACGGACAUGUUCAUCAUCAAGGCUGUGCUGCCUGUGGCCGAGAGCUUCGGCUUUGCUGACGAGAUCAGGAAGAGGACGAGUGGCCUGGCCAGCCCGCAGCUGGUGUUCAGCCACUGGGAGGUCAUCCCCAGCGACCCCUUCUGGGUGCCGACCACCGAGGAAGAGUACUUACACUUCGGGGAAAAGGCAGAUUCGGAGAACCAGGCCCGGAAGUAUAUGAACGCGGUGCGGAAGCGGAAGGGUCUCUACGUGGAGGAAAAGAUUGUGGAACACGCAGAGAAGCAGAGAACCCUCAGCAAAAAUAAGUAACUACUGUCAGUGGAUUCUUUGUUUCUAAUAAAUUAAGGAGGAUUCCCCCCAGGGCUUGAUCCUGGGAAACUCAUUUCUGCUGCAUCAUCUCUGUGCAUUCACUGUCAAUAAAAUCGACCCACAGAAGUACUUGAAAGGGAGGGGACGUUAGAGGACGUGUUUCCUAAGUGGUUUUUAAUUGAUUCUGGU